CGGAAGAAGGUGUGGAGCUAAUUCUCUGAUUCGCAUCGCCUCUACUCUCCUAUCCCGACUGACGUUGGAUAACAAAGAUGGCUGCAGGAACCAGCAAUUAUUGGGAAGAUCUCAGGAAACAGGCUCGACAGCUGGAAAAUGAACUUGACCUGAAGCUAGUUUCCUUCAGUAAACUAUGUACAAGUUACAGUCACAGCAGUACUCGAGAUGGAAGACGCGACAGGUAUAGCUCUGACACAACACCCCUUUUAAAUGGAUCAAGCCAAGACAGAAUGUUUGAAACAAUGGCCAUUGAGAUUGAACAGCUUUUGGCAAGGCUUACAGGAGUCAACGAUAAAAUGGCAGAAUAUACCAACAGUGCAGGUGUCCCGUCUUUGAAUGCAGCACUGAUGCAUACAUUACAGCGACAUAGAGAUAUAUUGCAGGAUUAUACACAUGAAUUCCAUAAAACCAAAGCAAACUUCAUGGCAAUACGGGAAAGGGAGAAUCUCAUGGGAUCAGUACGAAAGGAUAUUGAGUCAUAUAAAAGUGGGUCUGGAGUAAACAACAGAAGAACUGAACUGUUUUUGAAAGAACAUGACCACCUUCGAAACUCAGAUCGUCUGAUAGAAGAGACAAUAAGCAUUGCUAUGGCAACAAAAGAAAAUAUGACUUCACAGAGAGGAAUGUUGAAGUCAAUUCAGAGCAAAAUGAAUACUUUGGCCAAUCGUUUUCCUGCUGUGAACAGCCUGAUCCAACGAAUCAAUCUUAGGAAACGGCGAGACUCCCUCAUCCUGGGCGGUGUUAUUGGUGUCUGUACCAUCCUAUUGCUGCUGUAUGCUUUCCACUGAUGGAACAUCUCCAGGGACUCUUGACAACCACCACUUUCACACCCUGAUCCGGAAUAAGGAAAAAUAGGAAGGAGAAGUUGAUUGUCCUGAUGAUUAGCCUGACCAACAGGAUUAAUUCAAGACUGAUGGUGAUGGACUCUGUGAUAACGGUCAGGUUGAGCUGAAGCCACAGUUUUCCUGUGCUAUCUUUUCUAACACACAUUUCCUUCUGUUUUUAGUUUAAAAAAAAAAAAAAAGUUUUCAGUUGCUUUUGUCUUCCCAGGAGGUAAGUAAACCAAUCAGAAACAGAGUUUCUAUGCUUCAGUAAUAGUGUUGAAGGCUGAUAACAAGCCAGGUCUUAUAGCUGGACUCCAGAAAACCAGGUUUCUCUAUAUCCAAAGACUGUUUUCCUUUCAGCCACCAGAUUGGGUUGUGAAUAAAAAUAGUUCUUGUCCUUUUAUUUUACAGUCGUGAAGAGAAAUCACAAGUCAUUUCUUGAUAAGCUGUGCUAUAAAUUUCUACUCUGUGCCCCUGUUUUGGUAUUCUAGAAAAAUUACAUUUUUCACAGGUUCUUUGAGAUGCUAACAGGUCAACUUCAACACAGUUGAAGUUGUCUGAAACAGAAGACAAACACUGCAAGAAAAGCUUUUUUCUUCCUCUUUUUUUAAAUUGUAUGCACACUGGGAUUAACUAUAUUGCUGGAAAAGCAUUGAGAAUAACAGGCUUUUUUGUCCGUCCUUGUUUUCAUGUUUUGUUUAUUUCUUUCAUUGGAUUAAUACUUGCUACUAUGAGAAAAUGCAAUCUCAGUUCUACCAUGGUAAAAGUAACUAACAGCCAGUGUCUGUCAGUGCCCCCAACUAUUCCUCAUCAUGUCAGGAUUAACCCUGAGUGAGGGGACUGCUCAAUUUUCAGUGAGAUCUGUUCAGCAAGCCACAUGUAAAAAGACAUUGAUUGAGGGGUCACCAUCCAGAUUAUUCCAUUUGUAAAUGCUCCAUGAUUUAUGAGCAAAAGUUCAAGAAAUACUGCCUAAUGUACCAGGAAGUCUGUGUUUUAUGAAAACCUACUCAUUCCAAAUCUGUUAAGCUUUCCAAACAUCCAGAGAAUGGUUUUACUGUUGAAGGUGCAUGUGACAGAAUCUAUCUGUAUCUGCACCUGUCUUCUACUACCAUCCCUGGACGGUAACAGAAUUUUAAACCACCCACCAGAAUUCUUUUCAGGUUUAACCAUUUCUCCAUUUCUGUAAACUUACAACUUAUUCACCUGAACUACCACAAAUAGUUUGAAGACAUCAACAUCUACACUCCUCACCAAGAAAGAAGGUUGCUCUUCACCAUUGGAAUGGACUCUGGUAUUUAUAGUAUUGACCUCAGACUGUGCCACAGGGAAUAAAAGGAUAUGAGCAUGUAGUUCUUAACGAUAUCACAGUGCAUCGGUGAUGACAUUCAGGUGAACUUGAUACAAGAGCUGAUGGCUAUACUAACCCCUGGUCUGGUACAGAAACUGAGAGCUUUUUCAUUCUGUUGUCAAAGUUUUAUUAUGUUCUGGGUAUGAAAGCCAUUGGAUACAUUUUUUUAAACUAUGGGGUUUAUUUUUCUAAAUAUGGGUUGAUUGAUCAGAUAACUUGAUUGGGGAUGCCCUGAAAAGAAAGUCUAAGUUUUCCCAAUGUAAAUCUUAAAGGAUCAGAGAAGUUCAUUUACUAAAUUCUCUGUUGGGAGAACAAGACUGUUCUCCCCUGACACUUUAUUAUCUUUGAUUUUUCAAAGGGCCUUGAUUGGUGGUUGUGCCUCAGCUAGAAUUUAUGGGACUUUCAUUGCUAUAUGGUUGGCAUUUAUAAAAUCUGAAGUAUCAUAAAUAAAGUUAUUUAUUUAAUUAUACUACCAGUCUUUUUUACUGGUCUGAUUAUUUGGUAUAUUCAUUAAAGCUGGUUGUGUGAGAGUAAAACUAGGGGCUGAGCUGCUUGCUGCACUGAGCAAAUACUUUUGAUGGCUGAUGAGCCUUUCCUUUAGGGUAAUGCUUAAAUGAAGUAAUAGAAUUAUGUUGGUUAUUUUCUUUAUGAAAAUAAACUAGUUCUUCCAAGGAAGUUGAUAAGGCUUGGUAUAAGAUGUUGGUGUCUGGUAGGUCUGACUAACCUCCCAGUGCUAUAUAGCCCAUAGUGAGGUGACCCAGGGCCAAAUGUAGCUAGCCAGGACAGGGCUUGUCCUUUCCUCUUAUGGUUCUUUCAUUUGCAGAAAGAAACCCUGGAGUAAGGAAAUAGAAGUGUGUCAUUUACAAAAAGAGGAUUUGGAUCCUGUGGUAGCUGAUUUGAACUCUUUCAGUUUGGUGCCAUUUAACUUUUUUUUGUUGUUUUUUUUUUUAACCAGAUUGGUUUUCCACCUUUUCUUCUGUCCUUACAGACCUGUUGCCAGGCUCAGGGGCCAACAGUAAGUUGCCUGUCAGAGCUGGGAGUUCAGGAAGGAAGUUUCCUCUUAAGGGAAGUUAUUCUUCCUUGGCCAUUGUCAAAAAGGGGACCUUUUCCUUUGGGAUUAUCUUAGUAAUAAUUCAAAACUUUCCAUUUCACUAAGAAGUAUGAAAAACCACAGCAACAAAAAGGACAGACUUCCCAAAGGUAUACUUCUAAGAUUUUGUCUUAAUGUGAGCUGAUGACUUUAGUUAGAAAUGUUUAAUUUAUUACUAAGUUCAAACCCUGAUAUCCCAGUGCUUCAGGUGAUCUGUCCUGGCUAUCUCUACAAUCUUCUUAGUGUUUUCAGUGAUGCUGAAGGAUUCCCUGUAACCUGUAUUGCUCACCCUUUAUUUUUCUAAUGUUAGAAAAGGGCUUUCCUUCUCCACUAUUCCUCUCUCCUUUGUACCAAAAUUCACUUGUACAGAGAAUGCCUCUUUUUUUCCCUACUACCCAGUACUCAGAUCAGGUGUGGAAGUAAAAUCCUAAGAAUUGGACAAGUGAAGAGAGGAAACAUCACGCGGGCACUUUUUUGUACCUGAAACCAAAUAUUUACUUUAGUUCUUUCCUAUUGGAUGCUGAGUACAUCUGAAUAGGAAAAUGUACUUAUUGAGCCUUUUGAUGUAAUAAUGACUUUUGGCCUCUAUGGAAUUGAGGCACCUUGGACUUGCAUUCCCACCAUUAAUGUUUUCUUCACUGUUAAUAAUCUCAACCUGAUGAAAAGGACUUUAAAGAACUGGACUAACCUUUUUGGUCUUCUAAUACCUCAUGUUUGGUCAUUAGCCAGAUACGAUAUUUUUGGAAAUUGACCAAGUUUUCUAACUUGCCGUUGAGGGUAAAUGGCCAUGUCUAGGAUUAGUGCUGAAGUUGGUAGCAAAUGUAAUACUUAGAGAACAAAUGGAUUCUACCCAGAAAAUUAAAAUGAUUAUGUUCCAUUCUCCUUUUGGGUUAGAGGUUAUUUAGCCUGGUUUCUACAAAGACACAGCGCUUUUCAUCAUGGUCUUUCUAAACUAAUCUUGUUAUUUUUUUU